AUGCUAGAACAGUUACUCGUUCAGAGAGGCACCGGGCAGUUUCUUCUGAGGGCUGGCAAUUCUGCACUGCGUUCUCUGACCGCGCCCAGCGUCAUGAGCAACGCAUUAAAACUACCCACCUCCUCCUGGCAGAAGAGGAAGAGGUCAACCAGAGCAGCGACUCAUGCAGAGACACAGCGGGCAGCCUCCUUUGAGAUACAGGAGCGCCGCGAGGGGGCCGGCGGCGAGACGGGGGCUCGGGAGGGCGGAGCAGGGGGUGCGGCAUCGGGAGCCGGGGAGCCGCGGCAGGAGCCUGUCUGCCAGCGCGGAGAGGCGGGCGGAGGCGGCGGCGAUGUUGCUCCUGCUCUUUUCCCGGCGCGGGGACUGAGAGGCGGCCCGCGCCGUCUUGCCUCGGAAGGCGCCAUGGAGAGCCAGCUGGCCCGCUGCAAGAUCGUGGUGGUGGGCGACAGCCAGUGCGGCAAGACGGCGCUGCUCCACGUCUUCGCCAAGGACACCUACCCCGAGAACUAUGUCCCCACGGUGUUUGAGAACUACACGGCCAGUUUCGAGAUCGAAAAGCAGCGCAUCGAACUCAACAUGUGGGACACAUCAGCCUCGCGAUUGGCACGGCCAGAGCCUUCCCUUGGCACGGCACCUCUCGCCUGCUUUUGUCGAGUUGCGUAAAGGGCUCUCCUGUGUGCAGUGCAGCUGUGGCGAAAUUGCCGGUGGCUCUUCGGGAGGCUGCAGAAAGGCUCUUCUGUCUGGGUAGAGAAAAGAGCGUCUCUUCCUUGGGCUGUGGGAGGAGGAAGCAAGCAAACAAUCCUCCUGCUGUGGAAGGCAGGAGCGCGGUGCACAAAACGAUCAGAAAGCUAACGCCACAGAGACGCAAGCGUUGUUUGGAGCUGGCAAACGUUCCGUGGCUAACAGGCGAGCGAGCUGCAGCCACAGACGCUGCAGUCUGGCCAAGUGAGGAGAGUCGCAGAAAUGCUUCGUAAUGGAUCAGCUAAGCUCGUGGCAAACUGGCGGAGGGUUGGUCUAUCAGUGUCCUAUUAAGCUGUGUGUGCUAAUGACCGAAAACUGCACUUGGAGAUGAGAGGCUGUUUCUUUUGGCCAGAUGUUAGGGAUGGUGUCCACCAUCGGCUUGGAAAGGCGUGGACAACCUGUGGCACACCGGACAUCGAUAGAUUCCCAAGUCCUAGCCGGUAGGCUGGGAUGUUGCUCCUAGCAACAUGUGGCUGGCCCCAGGUUCCCCAUCCCUCAGAUAUGAGCCAGGAUAGAAAGGGCUUCUUAAUGUCACAGGAGGGGUGGCACUGUGGUCCAAAACACUGAGCCUCUUGGACU